AUGGAUUGUCAAGAUGAUAUUUGCAAUGAGACUCAUAUUUCUCUAAACAUAGCUUUUUCAGGAGACAUAGAAGUCGAGUGCCCUCCUGAUAAAAACAUAGUAGGGCAAAGUGGGUGGGCUCUCUUACACACGAUGGCUGCCCAUUAUCCUGACAAGCCCAGCGAAGAAUGCAAGAAGAUUCACCAGAAAUUUAUCCAGUCCUUCUCAAGAGUAUAUCCUUGCAAAUCAUGUGCCAGCCACUUCAGAUACAUGAUGAAAAACCAGCCUCCAGAAUUAGAAAAUCGAGAAAAAUUGUCUAUCUGGAUGUGCAAUAUGCAUAACGAAGUCAAUAAAAUGCUUAUGAAGCCAGUUUUUAGCUGCGAUAUGCAAUCAUUAGAUGAGCGAUGGAGAAAAGCUGAGCCUCCUUGCAAUUCAUUUAUUGAUUAA